CCAAAACGACCUAAAACAGACAUAAAAUUAUACAACCACAAAUAGAUGCAAAAUUACUAUCUACAGCCGGGGCCCAUUGUCUCAUACUCUGUCUGUGAAUGCAUCAGUGUUGAUCCAGUGUCAGUCAUGAUUGAAAACCUUGACAUUUAUUCAAAAUUGAGCGUAACAAGCGCUUUUCAGUCUGGUUGACAACACUGUUGAUUCAGUCAUAUUUUGACAGCUGAUGACAAGCUGCACCUCAAUAAUAAAUGUACUUUUACUGCUGCAUUCAUUCAUUUCAAAAGCUUUAUUAGCACCAAAACAAAAUUAACAUCAGCAAGCAAAUAUCAAACAUCAACAAUCAUUUUGAAUAUAAUAAUAAAAUUCAUUAAAUAAAGGUUAUAUGUCAUUAUAUGUCAACCUAAUAUUUUCUACAGUGUAUAUAUAAAGCUGUUGACACUGUUAUAAAUAAUUAUAACAGAUUUAUUGCGGUGUGUUCAGUGUGUUGAUCUGCUCCCCUCCUGCGAUGAACACUUGUAGGUACAACCUCCACUGAGCAUGCGCAGAACCGUCGGUCGCCUAUAUUUGUUCCCAGACAUCAUCACAGGUUGAACUGAACAUCUUCUCCCACAAAGAGGCAUCUUUCCGUCUCUCUCUCGUUUCCUUUUUUUUUUAUUUAUUUAUUCGUGCUUUCUUGUCCUCGCUGCCGCCGCUGCUGCCGCUGCGGUGUCAAAACAACAAGCACGGAGGGAGUAGAAGCCAUAAGAUGAAGAAACGCUAUGUGGACGCGAACAGGCUGAGGAAAAUGAAAAAACUGAAAAUAACGGAGAGGCUGUCUGAGAGCGCGUAUACCUUCCUGAAGUUUAUGAUGAUGUGGACACUGGUGCUGCUGGCAGAUUUCAUCCUUGAAUUCAGACUGGAGUACCUGUGGCCAUGCUGGCUCUUUUUUGGAAGUGUUUACACCACUUUCCACUGCCACGGGCUGGUUAUUUGUGUUGUUUUUGUUUGUGCUGCCUUCACACUUGACAUCUUUUGUUUGAUUUUUGUUCCUUUGCACUGGCUGUUCUUUGUGGCGAGCACCUAUGUAUUAUUCAAUUACAUAUGGCAUACAGAGAAGGGCAUCUGCAUUUCGACAGUGUCCCUGUGGAUCCUGCUUGUCUACACAGAGGCUUCACUUCGACUCAAAGACCUUAAAACCUCUCAUGCCAACCUGUCUCAUCUUUUUGCUGCACACUGUAUUGGAUAUCCUGUAGUAUAUCUGGGGUUUGAUGCAACCUGCUACUUCACCAACAUCUUUAAGCUGCGCAUACAGAAAGCUGUGCAGAGUGAGAACGACUUCCACAUGCACCUCCUGCAGCACUCGCUCCCUCCAGGCCUGCAGGUUUUCCCCAAGACCGGCACAGAUGGCAGCGGCAAUUCAAAAUGGAAGAUAAAGCCUGAAUCGAGUCAGUAUCAGUGUCAGAACGGUGCUGUAAUGACCCAUGACGAGGUGCACACUGUGGAUUGCCUCCAGAUCCGCAGCGAGGAGAGAGCAACAGAGAAAGGAGCGCAGGAGGUGAAGUCGGUUGAAUCACACCGUCGGCCAUCAUCAUCAUCAUCCAAACACAGUGUCAGCGAGUCCAGGGAUCUGCUCCACGGUGGGGCAGGAGGACCAGAAUCGUCCUCCACAACCCCAGAUAAUCUACCUCAAGAGGAGCAGGGGAGCAAAGCCACGCGGGCAGCUAAAAACUCCUCGCCAAAAGCCCGCCGAGGCAGCACAAACACCCCCUCACCGCCUGCAGCGAGAACUGAGAAGAAGCAGAGAUCCAGCUCCAAAACAAUCAGCCCCAACCGGGACGUGACAGACAAGAGUACCGCAGCGGCUCAGAAUUACCACGCCGAACAGAUGAGCAAGCUGGAGCAGGAGCUGAGGAGGCUGAAGGGGGAGCUGCAGGCGAGCAGGCAGAGCGAGCAGGAGCUGCGAAGUCACGUCUGCAACUUAACGAACAGCGAGAGGUCCCUGAGGCCAGAGGUUUCCCUGCUCAGACAGUCCAACAUGCUGCUGCAGAGCAAGAUUCUGUGUUUGACUAAAACCAAGCAGCGGGACAAACAGACCAGUGUGGUGCUGGAGAAGAAGACCAGAGCAGAGACAGAGGCCAGACUCUCUGCUGAGAAGCAGUUGGCUGAACUUCAGGCUCAGAAACUGGAGGAGGCAGCCAGCACAGCGCGGAGCCUCACAAACAGGCAGGAACACUCUGAAACCCAAAUGUUAAGGAAAAGAGUUAAAGAUCUAGAGACAGAGUACAAACAACUACAGCUGGAGUAUCAAGUGAAAGAGAGUCGGGUGGUAGAUCUAGAGAGUGAUGUUGAGGCUUUGGGAAAGUACCGCUGUGUGGAGAAAGAGACGGACAUGCUGCUAUCCACUCUGUCAGCCAUGCAGGAGAAAGCUCAGCAUCUGGAGUACAACCUGAGCGCAGAGACUCGCAUCAAACUGGACCUGUUCUCUGCUCUGGGAGACGCCCGCCGACAGCUGGAAAUCGCUCAAGAUAAAGUGAUGAAGCAGGACAGGGAGAUCAGUGAGAUGAAGCAGAAGAUUGCUGAGGUGAUGGCCGUCAGCCCCGGUGUUUCCUACAUGGCUCCUCGGCCUCCUGUGCCGCAGUAUCUCACCAAGCUGCUCAACUCUGAGCGCUACAUGCUAAAUCCACGAGCACUGAUGUACCAGUGUCUCAAGAAAUAAGAGAUGCCAGAUCCUCAGACCUCCUCGUCAGACCCUUCCAUCCCAAACCGGAGAGGGAGGUGUUUAAUGGAUUUUAUUACAGAGCUAAAUGACACCACAGUCAUCUUACUUCCAGCCAUGAGUGGAACCAGAAUGAGCCUCCACGAGUCGAAUGCCUUUAGCUGCACUGAUGGUGCUAACCUGACAUCAUUCUGUAUAUUUCAUGUUUCCUCUCACAUCAAGGGUUGAAGAGUUUGACUCCAAAAUGAGAUAUCUGAUAUGCAGAGCUGCUGUAGGCACGAGUUUAAUGUAACGAUCCACCCGCCCUAACAGCAUAAACCGUCUAAUUGGGAUGCAACAGAGCAAAAAGCACAACAUCUCCUCUAGUUCAGACACUGGAGGUUUGUCUAAAUGAUGCUGGAUUUGGGCUUUUUUUUCUUUUUCUUUUUCUUUUACACAAGCGACAUAAGAGUAAAUGAAGCAUUUUCUAAGCAGCCGUAAAUGUUUUGUCAGAACAGAACUGGACCUAGUCAAUCUUCCUCUCUCCUCUACAAUCCGAAAUGAUCUCAGAUCAGUGAUUAUGAAUUCAUUGUUUACUCAUGUUCAAAUGUUACAAGCAGAUAAAUCUCACUACCCCACAGACAGACCACCCAUCCACUGCAGCUUUCAAAGACCUGAAGACAACUCUGUACGGUGUAGUUCCUGGCAUGAACGUAAAAGUAACCAUUCAAUAUUAAUUCAGUCUAAGUAUUAUUCCUAUACAGAGUUGUAAGAGUUUAGGAAAUAUAAUCACCAUUGUUGUAAUUAUUGUUAUCUUGAUCUGCAGUGAUACUGAUAAAAUCUUUUAAAAUAACAUGGUCAAUUAUAAUUUAUACAUUUGAGUCAAAAGAUUUUUAGUGUUUACUUGAACAAAUUCUCUAAUUGGCCUUUUAAGAGGAAGAGCACAGGUAUUACUAAUAACAUGAACGAUGGCUCUGCUCUGUUAAAGUGUCCCAGUAAACCAUGACAGUGUGGCAGUGAGCCAGCCUGCACAAUGUCAGAAAAGUGAAACUGAAGCAGCCAUCAUUAAUUUUAUUAUUUCCACCUCUUGCUUUUCCUACUGUUAUGUGUCAAAAUGUUGCCUGUGGAAAAAGGCUUCUUGUUAGAAAUACAGUAUAUGUCCUGAAGUGUUUUAGAUUUCAAGCUGAAACACAUUUUUGGUUCAGUUAGAUGUAUGAAACUGUGAACCAUAUCUCAAUACAUGUCAUACUGUGGUAUGAUUAUAGAAUGAUGAUAACAAUUGAAUUAUCUCCUAGCCCAGAGCCCUAGCUCUGUUUAUCGACUUUCACUGAAUUUAAAACAAAGAGGUCGCCUUUAUUUGAUGAAAUACAAAUACUCUACAUACAAGUUUAAUUGUUAACCGACAUAAUUAGCGUACUCUAUUUUCUUUAAGUAUGCCACAAAAUGCUGGUUCCUGUACAUAGAGGAUUAUUUGAAUUGUGAAUUGAAUUGUGUUGAAUUAACACUUAAAUCAAUUUUUUUUUUUUUGGUUGCAAUCCUUCAGAGUUGGAAUAUUUCUAUUUAAGAAGGUGUUGUCUUUAUCUGAAAUUUCUAGACUGCUAGCUGGGAGUUUCCUGAGAACAAUUAAGUUUAAUUGUCAGAGUGACCUGAUAAAAGUCGAGGAGAUGCAGUAAGAGGACCUCACUGUGAGCGGUGAUUAUCUGUGUUGGUUUCCACUGAUGGUUAAUAACUACAUUUUAAUAUUUGGCAGCUCUGUGCUCCACCAUAUCCAACUUUGAGAAAAGUGUGAAACAGUGGACUGACUGGUCACUCAGAAUUCAACUUUGUCCCUGAGUUAAAGCGGAGUUGUGAAUAACAAUAAGGAAUGGUGUUGACCAAACAUGGUUCAUGAAUUUAAUUACUGUGCCUAUAUACAUUACUUUCAAACUGGGAAGUAAACACAAAUUUAAUGUGAAAGAGUAAUGUGUUUGAAUUGAAGUGCUAUGUACUGUUUUUGUAGUUUUAUUGUUUUGUUUCGUUUUUUUACUCAAUGUACAGAAUUGAAAAUAACCACGCCGCUGAAAAACACUCAUGAACUGGAUGUCGCCAUUUUGGUAGCUUUUUAUUUAGAGUGCAUUUCUAGGGCGUUUUAUAUAUAAAAAAAUAUUUUUUAGUCUCGCUGUACUUUUAUUAUACUGCUGUAAUUUUGUACGGCAAUGUGUUUGUCAGCAUGAAAUGUGUUUUAUUCAACUGUUAUUUGAGCACACAUUGUGACUUUAAGUAUGUACAUGAAUAUACUUGUACAAGGGCUACAGUUUCUUAAAAUUUUGAACAAAUAAUUGUUAAUUCAGACAGUGAUGCUCUGAGGGUAGAGAUCACACUCCUGUUUUUUGUAUAAAUAAUUUGAAGUGAA